UUUUUCCCGGUCUAUCCCCGGCCAUCCUCGGCCAUCCCGCCCCGUCCCGGCGGCGCUGGAGCGGCCUCGCCUUCCCGUGGUGCAGCGCGGCCGCGGCCCCGCCGCGCCGCCAUGUUGUCGGAGUGAGCGGCCGGGGAGAGGCAGCGGCGAGCGGCCGGGGGGGGCCCGGCAUCCGUCUGCAUCCGAGCGCUCCGCCCGUGUUGGUGGAAUGAGCGUAGCGUGUGUUUUGAAGAGAAAAGCAGUUCUGUGGCAGGACUCGUUCAGCCCCCACCUGAAGCAGCACGCUCAAGACACAGCCAACCCCACCAUGCCUGUGGUACUGACAUCUGGCACAGGCUCCCAGGCUCAGCCACAGCCAGCUGCAAACCAGGCCCUUGCAGCAGGGACACACUCCAGCCCCGUGCCGGGAUCCAUAGGAGUGGCGGGGCGCUCCCAGGACGACGCCAUGGUGGAUUAUUUCUUCCAGAGGCAGCACGGGGAGCAGCUCGGGGGAGGAGGCAGCGGCGGCGGCGGCUACAACAACAGCAAACACCGCUGGCCCACCGGGGACAACAUCCACGCAGAGCAUCAGGUGCGUUCCAUGGAUGAACUGAAUCACGAUUUCCAAGCGCUGGCUCUGGAGGGACGGGCUAUGGGAGAGCAGCUGUUGCCGGGUAAAAAGUUUUGGGAAUCUGAUGAUUCCAGCAAAGAUGGACCAAAAGGGAUAUUUCUGGGAGAUCAGUGGAGAGACAGUGCUUGGGGAACAUCAGAUCACUCCGUUUCCCAACCCAUCAUGGUGCAGAGGAGACCUGGGCAGGGCUUCCACGUGAACAGUGAGGUGAACUCGGUGCUGUCACCACGCUCAGAGAGCGGUGGCCUCGGGGUCAGCAUGGUGGAGUACGUGCUGAGCUCAUCUCCUGGAGAUUCCUGCCUCAGGAAAGGGGGAUUUGGGCCGAGGGAUGCAGAGAGCGACGAGAACGACAAAGGGGAUAAGAAAAGCAAGGGCACGUUUGAUGGAGAUAAACUGGGAGAUCUGAAAGAGGAGGGGGAUGUGAUGGAUAAAUCCAACGGAUUGCCCGUCCAGAAUGGCAUCGACGCCGACGUCAAAGACUUCAGCCGCACGCCCGGGAACUGCCAGAACUCGGCCAGUGAGGUSGAUCUGCUGGGCCCCAGCCAGAAUGGCUCUGAGGGCCUGGCCCAGCUGGCCAGCACCAACGGGGCCAAGCCUGUGGAGGAUUUCUCCAACAUGGAAUCCCAGAGUGUGCCCCUGGAUGCCAUGGAGCACGUGGGCAUGGAGCCACUGCAGUUCGAUUAUUCCGGCACUCAGGUCCCCGUGGACUCGGCCGCCGCCACCGUCGGGCUCUUCGACUACAAUUCCCAGCAGCAGCUGUUCCAGAGGCCCAACGCCCUGGCAGUGCAGCAGCUGACCGCAGCCCAACAGCAGCAGUACGCCCUGGCCGCUGCCCACCAGCCCCACAUAGGUUUAGCCCCCGCUGCCUUYGUCCCCAACCCCUACAUCAUCAGCGCGGCGCCUCCGGGGACGGAUCCCUACGCGGCCGGGCUGGCGGCAGCCGCCACGUUAGGCCCRGCCGUGGUCCCUCACCAGUACUAUGGAGUCACUCCCUGGGGCGUUUAUCCCGCCAGCCUGUUCCAGCAGCAAGCGGCCGCCGCCGCCGCCGCCACCAACUCGGCCAACCAGCAGAGCACGCAGCAGACACAGCAGGGCCAGCAGCAGGUACUCCGUGGAGGAGCCAGCCAGCGGCCCUUGACCCCCAACCAGAACCAGCAGGGCCAGCAGACAGACCCGCUGGUGGCCGCUGCCGCCGUCAACUCAGCGCUCGCCUUCGGCCAGGGGCUGGCGGCCGGGAUGCCAGGGUACCCCGUGCUGGCUCCCGCUGCCUACUACGACCAGACCGGGGCCCUUGUGGUCAACGCCGGUGCCAGGAACGGCCUGGGGGCCCCGGUGCGCCUGGUGGCACCUGCCCCUGUCAUCAUCAGCUCCUCUGCGGCUCAGGCAGGUGAGUUCUGUCCCUCCAUGGUCACCCAUAGUCAAGUGGCCAACUCCACCACGGGCAGCGGCUCUCGCCGGGACUCACUGACAGGCAGCAGUGACCUGUACAAGAGGACCUCGAGCAGCCUGACCCCCAUCGGGCACAGCUUCUACAACGGCCUGGGCUUCUCAUCRUCCCCCGGCCCCGUGGGGAUGCCCCUGCCCAGCCAGGGCCCCGGGCACUCRCAGACCCCUCCUCCCUCGCUGUCCUCGCACGGAUCAUCCUCCAGCCUCAACCUGGGGGGGCUGACGAACGGCAGCGGCCGCUACAUCUCAGCGGCGCCGGGAGCYGAGGCCAAGUACCGCAGCGCCAGCAGCGCCUCCAGCCUCUUCAGCCCCAGCAGCACCCUGUUCCCAUCGUCCCGCCUGCGCUACGGAAUGUCYGAUGUGAUGCCCUCGGGCCGCAGCCGCCUGCUCGAGGACUUCCGCAACAACCGCUACCCCAACCUGCAGCUGCGCGAGAUCGCCGGCCACAUCAUGGAGUUCUCGCAGGAUCAGCACGGAUCCAGGUUCAUCCAGCUCAAACUGGAGAGGGCCACCCCGGCCGAGCGCCAGCUGGUGUUCAACGAGAUCCUGCAGGCGGCCUACCAGCUCAUGGUGGAUGUGUUCGGCAACUACGUCAUCCAGAAGUUCUUCGAGUUUGGCAGCCUGGAGCAGAAGCUGGCGCUGGCUGAACGCAUCCGUGGCCACGUGCUGUCGCUGGCCCUGCAGAUGUACGGCUGCAGRGUGAUCCAGAAGGCGCUGGAAUUCAUCCCCCCAGACCAGCAGAAUGAGAUGGUUCGGGAGCUGGACGGGCACGUGCUCAAGUGUGUCAAGGACCAGAACGGGAACCAUGUGGUGCAGAAGUGCAUCGAGUGUGUGCAGCCCCAGUCACUGCAGUUCAUCAUCGACGCCUUCAAGGGACAGGUGUUUGCGCUGUCCACGCACCCGUACGGCUGCCGGGUGAUCCAGCGCAUCCUGGAGCACUGCCUGCCYGAGCAGACGCUGCCCAUCCUGGAGGAGCUCCACCAGCACACGGAGCAGCUGGUGCAGGAUCAGUACGGGAAUUACGUUAUCCAGCACGUCCUGGAGCACGGCCGGCCCGAGGACAAGAGCAAGAUCGUGGCAGAAAUCAGAGGCAACGUGCUUGUGUUGAGUCAACAUAAAUUUGCCAGUAACGUGGUGGAGAAGUGUGUGACGCACGCGUCGCGCACGGAGCGGGCCAUGCUGAUCGACGAGGUGUGCACCAUGAACGACGGCCCCCACAGUGCCUUAUACACCAUGAUGAAGGACCAGUACGCCAACUACGUGGUGCAGAAGAUGAUCGACGUGGCCGAGCCC